AUGGCCACGUGGGCAUAUCCACAACUCCCGCCAGAUCAACUGAAGAAGGAGGAAGAUGCCUCAUUGGCCCGAGAGUUGAAAUGGGUCCUGGGCUCUCUGCAAGAAUCUUUGGCCUCAUUGCGGGAAGGUCUUCAGGAGUGUGCGGCGCUUUUAGCACCUUCACAACCAGGCUCUACGCUUGUUCUAUCUUCGUUGCGGUCCGAAAAUGUGAAAGGGUUUGUAACGAGGGUCGGGACUAAGAUUGUAAAAGGGGACAUCCAAUUGCGUUUACAAUCGUUGACCCCUCCCAAAGGGUCUAAUUCCACAAGAUUGACAAUUUCCGAUGAUGCUACUGGGCCGGAGAUAGCGCUUCGUCAGCUUGUGCUUGUGCGUCGCCUAAUCAACGAGAGUCUCGAUGUGAUAGACGUCAGCACAUGGACUGGUGAUCCCAUGAAUGCCAGCUUCAUAGAGGGCCAAUUGCGAUUGCUGUAUGAUAACCUCAGUGAGGCUCGGUUGACGUUGAAAGGGGAAGGUGAAGAAUCAAAAAAACUCUGGAACGAAGAUAGCGUGGAUAAGAAUUCAUUUAACCCCCCACUCCCGCCCUAUAUGUCGUUUCAUCUUUCCAUCUCCGAAGCUGCUCUAGUUCUAAAUCUACGAACACUCGACCCUAUAUCUCCUGGCGACACACCAACAACAUCCUUUGCACCUGAGAUUUCACUCAGCGGAUUCUCCCUGCGAGACCGCCUCUUUGGACCGCGACAUCCCAUUCAUGACGAGUCAGGAGACGUAUUCAGUUGGAAAGGGGAGGAGGUUAAAGUGAAGGAGAAGGCUAGAGUAGAGAGUCAGGACCCGAGCCUGCUAUCGGCCAUGGCGAAGCUGACAGCUCUCGGGCAUGAAGUUUCAAGGUGGAAAACCGCUCUCGCAGUUGUCAUGGAGCAAGACGACACGGAUAAUGAGCCAUACCAGGCACCAGUCCGAAAAGAAAAAAAUGUUACUCAACAAAGAUUUACCUCCACCGCUGCCGCUGCCGCUGCCGCCGCUACCAACGAGGACCUCGCUGCGAAGCCAACAAAAGAGGCUUUAUAUGCUGUAAUCGAAAAUAUAUAUCAAGCGGAGGAUGACAUUGUACAAAGCUUACAAGAACUGGACCUUGUUGACGCAUUCCCUCACCUUGUUUACUCCGAAGACCUCGACCUGGUGGAUACUGUUACCACUAUUGUCGGUCAUCGAAAUGAAGCAGAGUUGACUGCCAAGGUCGUGAGGGUCCGGCAGCAAUUCCGUGAUUCUCUUCCGGAAAAUAUGUUAAGUGAAGAAGAGAUGCAAUUGUAUAAAACAUUAUAUGGCGAACCGCUACCUAUGGAAGACGCUGCCACCACCGUUGAGGAUGGGCCGGAACCAGACCAGCUAUUUCGAGAUGACGGUGAAGGAGGAUGGGUUGAGAUCGAACAACCCAGCGCAAAUACAGCAGUGGAGGAAGAGACGGAGCAUAGUCUUGCAAUGACUACGGAAUACGAAAAUAACACCGAAAUCGAAGUGGAUUACAGCGAAAUGUCCCUGGAGGAUCGCGCAAACUCGAUAGCAAAAAUGGUAGGAGGGGAAGUUGUACCAUUUACUGAUUCAGAGGUGGUUUCUGAAGAUGAUCAUGCUGAUAGCAGUGGUCCGCGAACGCAUCCGCUUACCACGGAGGGGAAAUUCACAACCGGAACCAAAACCUUGUUACUGCCUUAUGACAGCAUGACGAAACCGAUAUCCCGGAUGCUUUCAGCUUACUCCAACAAACACCUCGCAGAAACUGCACACAGACUGUUUGGUGGGGCAAAUUUGCCCUACUCCACGUCUACCCCUCCCAAGAACAUCCCUCCAACCCCUAUCCAGCUCGAUGCGGGACAGCGUAUCAUGUCAGAGAUAGAAAGUCAUGCUUUCCUUGCGGUCCUCUACCCUGGUAUAUACGCUUCCGUACUUCCUGUUCUUGUCGAAGUGCGCAAACGGCUAGGCUCGAAAUGGCUUCGCGAUUUGAUGGCUCAAAAGGAUGGCCCGAGGGUUCUUGAUGUCGGAGGAGGUGGAGCAGGAAUUCUAGCCUGGAGGGAAGUGUUGAAGGCUGAAUGGUCCUUAAUGUCCCCCAACAGGCCACCAGGCAGCCCUAUCCCGUUCGGGAGGUCGACAGUUGUAACAGGAUCCAACGCGUUGCGACAUAGAGCGAGCCAGCUGUUGGAGAACACUACAUUCCUUCCCCGCUUGCCUGACUAUGUGCACUUGCGCGACCAGUCGACAACAGCUGACGAACGGCCUCCUCCACAGCGCAAGCAGUUCGAUGUUAUCAUCGCCCCACAUACGAUAUGGCCAAUACGUGAGGAUUAUCACCGGAAGGAGCAUGUGGAAAAUUUAUGGUCGCUUCUCAAUCCGGAUGGAGGGGUUCUUAUCCUUCUUGAAAAAGGCAUUCAACGGGGAUUCGAGGCUAUUGCGGGUGCCCGCGAAAUGAUUCUUGAGCGAUUGAUAGCGUCGCCCGGAUCAACUGAGUAUGAAAAUCCAACUCAAUCUCCUGACUCCGAGAGAUUUUUUCAGAAGGGAAAGGGGAUGAUCAUAGCUCCUUGCACCACCCACGCCAAGUGCCCUAUGUAUACAAAUCCAGGGAAGUCAAUCGCGCGCAAAGAUUUUUGCCAUUUCCAACAACGCUAUAUCCGGCCCCCGUAUCUACAACGGAUCAAGGGCGCCAAAGACACGAACCACGAAGACGCAAAAUUCAGCUACGUCGCGGUGCAACGAGGUACUGAUAUGAGAGAGACGCACGGCAUCAUACAGGGCCAACGAGCAACCGAUGCGGCUUUUGCUGGAUUCGAAGACAUCCCAUUCGAUGGGGGCAACGUCGAAGGUAACGCUGCAGGGGAGACAAUCCCAUUCCACCCCCUCUCCCUCCCACGACUGAUCCUCCCACCGCUGAAGCGCCAUGGCCAUUCCACGCUAGACCUCUGCACUCCCGCAGGCAAGAUUGAGCGGUGGACGGUCCCACGCUCGUUUAGCAAACAGGCCUACCGUGACGCCCGUAAGUCCGCUUGGGGCGAUCUAUGGGCAUUGGGUGCCAAGUCGCGCUCACCACGCAACAUCAAGCUUGGCUUCGUCGAUGAUCAAAAUGGUGGUAAGAAGUUUGAGAGACGCGUGCGCAAGCAAUCGUUGGCUGACGAUAUGGCGGAUGAGGAAUAUCAACUUGGCACUUCCGGUGCUUCUGGGGAGGUAAUGGAGGAAGGAGAGGGGGAGGAUCGAGGAAUGAACGAGCUUCGGGAGGCGAUGGGUCGGCUGGAUCCAUCUGGGCGCAGGGAGCGAAGUAGUAGGAAGCCGGAGAAGCGGAAGAAAGUUCCGGCUUGGGUGAAGAAGAUGGAGGAAGAACAGUGUGGGAUGGAUCGAUUCGGAACGGACUGUGUUACUGGACGGGCAUUGGCGGGCGGCGUUUGA